CGCUCCGUCCGCCCUUAUAAAGGCCGCCACCACUGGCGCUGCUUCUGUAGUGGUCUCGGUGCUCCGCGUUGCUUCGGGGCCUUCCCUCCCUCGUCGCCUGCCCCUUAGCCCACCCGGUCUUCUCGGCUCCGCCAGCUUGCCCGCCGGGGUCCCCGGGGAUCCGGAACCAUGCCUUCAAUUAAGUUGCAGAGUUCUGAUGGAGAGAUAUUCGAAGUUGAUGUUGAAAUUGCAAAACAGUCUGUAACUAUCAAGACCAUGUUGGAAGAUCUGGGAAUGGAUGAUGAAGGGGAUGACGAUCCAGUUCCUCUACCAAAUGUUAAUGCGGCGAUAUUAAAAAAGGUAAUUCAGUGGUGCACCCACCACAAGGAUGAUCCUCCUCCUCCUGAGGAUGAUGAGAACAAAGAGAAGCGAACAGAUGAUAUUCCUGUUUGGGACCAAGAAUUCCUGAAAGUUGACCAAGGAACCCUUUUUGAACUUAUUCUGGCUGCAAACUACUUAGACAUUAAAGGUUUGCUUGAUGUCACAUGCAAGACUGUUGCAAAUAUGAUCAAGGGAAAAACUCCGGAAGAGAUUCGCAAAACAUUCAAUAUCAAGAAUGACUUCACUGAAGAGGAAGAAGCCCAGGUACGCAAAGAGAACCAGUGGUGUGAAGAAAAGUGAAGUUUUGUGCCUGUUGACACUGUAACACUGUAAGGAUCGUUCCAAAUAACUAGUUGCACUGCUCUGUUUAUAAUUGUUAAUAUUAGACAAAUGCAGCAGCAAAUCCGUUGUAUUAGCAGGAUAUCGAUCGUUCCCUUUGCAUGUGUAGUGUUUUUUGCGUCCAGAGUCUAAUCCUAUGGCUGUUUUAACCAGUAUAAUCAAAAGUCUUUUUACUUUGGUCUGAAUAAAACUGAAACUGUGUGGGUUCUGUAUGGAAAGUGGCACUUUUGGCUUUCCUUUUCUUCUUUUGUAAAGCAAUUUGUCCAGUUAUCGUCCACCUUUAAACUUUAGUUUUCUUGCUAUUUGACUUGCCCUUUAAGGAACGUUGGCAUUGUAAAUAAAACCACUUGCAAAAGUUUUCCACAAUAGAAUUAACAAAGUGUUAUCUUUAUUCAUGAGCUUGAAACAGGCAAAAGGCUAAUUGAGGUAAAUAUUUUGAAUGGUUUUGCUUCACGGAUGUUUUUUUCCCAGUUCCUCAGAGUGAAAAAGUAGAAAACUACUGGUAUAGAUUAAGACUAGCUCUGCAAUAUAUAGCAAACAGGCCUCCCUACAUUGGAUAUGUCUUUUUGAGUGCUGUCAAGCUUGAGUGUGUUUUGCUCACUGGAGGCCCAGUUACUAACCAGCAAGCAGCUUGUGGUUAUUUGGCAGAAAUGUGAACUUAGAUAAAGUUGUUAAGCUUUUCAUAAUUAAACAAGACACUUAACCCA